UUAGAGGAGGGAGUUUUGGGUGCGGUACCCAUUUAGUUGUCAGGCACCAACACUGGCAUCAUAUUCAGCCGAAGGGAAGUUGCUAACAGGAGGCCAACUUGCUGUUUCUCCACGUUAAGACCAUCAGCCCAUUUCAGAGUCUCUGCCUCGCAAGACAAACUCUACCUCUUCGAGUUACGUGAACUGAUUACACUUGAGAAGUUAAUAAUACAACAUACAAGAUGGACGACAUUAAAUGCAUCGUAAAAGAAGACACAUCGUGCACUGCAGGGGAGCAACAGAACGUACGGAAGAGUCCAGACCGACGAGAGACCACGACCGGAAUCCUCCGGCUGAACAUCAAUAAACCGAGGCGCAGCUCCGGCAGUUCAGUUGAGUUCCGGAGUCCUCCGGGUCCAUCCGGACCUGUUGACCUCAACGUAAUGGUGGAGCCAGCCUCGCCGCAGCCUUCAGUGGACCGCCUGUCGGUGAGCUUCGCCCCAGAGGAACGCAGUGUCUGCUCCGACAGCUCCGUGAGGAUGAACGUCUUCGCACCGGGUUCUCCGCCGGUCAGCACUGCGGAGAAGGUGCACUUCCCACGGGAACCUACCGUCACAGAUGCUGAGGACGACGAUGAGGAAGACUAUUCCGCUAGUGUGUGUGCCAUCCUCCAGCGUCGUGCCACGUCACGACGGCAGAGCAGACGUCGAAACAGGCGCCCUUCUUCUCCAUUUUCGCCAGAUGUGGAUAGCGGGCAAUCUGGCAUCCGACGUCGGUCAUCGGUGUUCACGUCAAGCUCUGGCGAUACUGCCAUCUCAAUGGAGGAGGGCAUGACACAGGAGCAGAUCUACGAGAACCUCCGUCUGCACAAAGAAGUUCUGAGCAGCGUGAAACAGCAGCCAUGGGGCAUGCAUCGCAAGCUGCGGCUUGUGCAGCAGGCCAAGGCCUACGUGAAACGACAUGAAGGGGAACUGCAGGAGCGUCUUGCUCAGAGCAAGACCACACGCGACAUCCUCGCUUCCUUCAACAUCAUCAUUAUCAAGAAGUGGCGGUAUCUGAAGAGAGAGUUGGCCAACCUGGUAAACCUGCUGAUCCCCUGGGAACUUCGCAUUAAGGAGAUAGAAUCCCAUUUUGGUUCUGUAGUAGCAUCGUACUUUACGUUCCUCCGCUGGUUAUUCUGGGUGAACCUGGUGAUCACAGUCCUUCUUGUUGCAUUUGUUAUAAUUCCUGAGAUGCUGACUGCUGAUCCUAAAAAUGCCGGAGAAAGAAAGGAAAUGUUGCCCGAAGAGAGAACUAAGGCCACAAACCUAAUAACUCUAUGGAAUUUUGAAGGGGUCCUCAAAUACUCUCCCAUCUUUUAUGGCUACUACACCAACAGGGAUGGCACAAGAAAUGGAUAUCGUCUUCCUUUUGCGUACUUCAUGACUGGACUUGCUGUGUAUAUUUACAGCUUUGUCGCUACACUCAAAAGGAUGGCAGAGAAUUCCCGCAUGAGCAAGCUCUCUGAGAAGGAUGACGAGUGCGUAUUCACAUGGAAGCUGUUCACUGGGUGGGACUACAUGAUCGGGAACGCUGAAACCGCACACAACCGCACAGCUUCCAUCAUCUUGGGAUUUAAGGAGGCUCUCCUGGAAGAGGCUGAGAAGAAAAGGAACCCUCAAGACUGGAAGAUUAUUGGUCUUCGAGUGCUCGUCAAUUUUGCUGUCGUGGCUCUUCUUGCUGCUUCGGUAUACGCGGUUGUGGAAGUGGUGAAACGCUCUGAAGAGCCUGCCAGUGACGAAAACUGGUGGCGCCAGAACGAGAUCACAAUGGUCCUCACGUUGAUCACAUUUGUAUAUCCUAUUAUCUUUGAAGUCUUAGGUUUCUUUGAAGGCUUUCAUCCCCGCAAACAACUUCGACUGCAGUUGGCGAGAAUUAUGGUACUCAACUUUCUGAAUUUAUAUACACUGAUUUUUGCACUUCUUGGAAAAAUAAGUUUCAUGACCAGGGAUCUGCAAAACCUGAAACCAAACACUACAACUCACUUAGCUGUGACGUCGGACUACUCGGAGAGCAGCAUGCCAUGGUCCAAAGGAUCUGCGGCUAGUACAAGUCUACCUGCAAUGUUUGAGUCGUCCAAUGUGACUUCUCCAUCUGAUGUUACGGCUUCUAUCAUGAUGAUAGUAACGGCUUUAAGCAGCGCACCUCACAUGUUAACCAACGUAACUAGUUUUUUACAGACAGUUACAGAAGAACCUACUGAAUUGACUUCUGUAGUGUCAAAACUGGCCAGUCUUCUAAAUUUCACGAAGUUCACUUCUGAACAUUCAGAUGUAACAACAUUUUUACCAGUUUUCAAUAGGACUGAAGUUUAUUUCUAUGAUGCAACUGAAUAUAAUUCUUCAAUUUUAAUAGAUGCAGUUGUUCCUACAGAACCUACAUUAUCAUCAGAAUCAAUUGAAGAAUUUGGUGAUAUUGAUAAUUUUUUGAAUCUGACCUUGGAAGACUUCAUGUAUGAUAACUUUACAUUUAUUAACGAACUAAUGAAUGUAUCAUCGUGUGUAAAUAUUAGUGAUGUAGAAUAUGACUUACCAAACUCUUCUGAUGGCAGAUGGAAUAGGCUCGAUUCAGAUACUGCAAGUAAUUUUGAUAUGACAAGUAAUAUUUCAUGCACGGAAAAUAUAACUUUUGAAAUUACUGAGGAGGCCUUACAACCUGAUUCAACAAAUUUAUCAUCAGAACAGAAUUUAGAUGAUACAACAGAUUCGUCUGUAAGCUUUGAAAGCGUUUUACCAUUGGAUUACGUUAGUGUAGCAAAUUUCAGUUCUGAUGACGAUAAUAAGAGUAGCACUUCAGCAUCAGUGACUGAAAAUGAACUGUUGAUUUCAACUCUGAUUACAACAUUAACAACUUUACUGGCCCAGGAAAAGGAUUCCUCAAAUACCAGUGAAUAUAUUGAACAAAUCUCUCAGAUUCUGCAAGAAGUAACAACGGGUUUUCCAGUAAAGGACGCAGAUCUGAGCAAGUGCGACUCAACACAGUGCCAUGCAGCAUCAGCAGAUGCCAGUGCUACGAUUUGGGAGCCUGUAGUUACAGUGAACACUAUAAAUGAAAGACAUUUCUCUACAGCCAUCACUGUGGAGUCAACGGUAACUUACGGCUCGAGUGAGAUACCAGUGCCUCAGUCAGAGUUAUCACCCGCACAGAUGGAUAUGAAGACAAGAAGGGAACUACGUCGCUUGUGCUGGGAAACAAUGUUUGGUCAGGAGCUCGUCAAACUCACAGUAAUGGAUCUUGUUGUGACGGUGGGCUCCACCCUGAUUAUCGACUUCAUCAGAGCACUGUUUGUUCGUGUCAUGAACAGCUGUUGGUGCUGGGACUUGGAGAAGCAGUUCCCACAGUAUGGAGACUUCAAGAUAGCAGAGAACAUUCUGCACCUAGUGAACAAUCAGGGCAUGGUGUGGAUGGGCAUGUUCUUCUCUCCGGGAUUGCCGCUCCUCAACCUUAUCAAGCUAGUUAUACUGAUGUACCUGCGUUCCUGGGCAGUGCUCACUUGCAACGUACCGCAUGAAGUCGUGUUCCGGGCCUCCAGAUCAAAUAAUUUCUAUUUUGCUCUUCUCUUGACCAUGUUGUUUUUUUGUGUUCUGCCUGUGGGAUAUGCGAUUGUGUGGGUAGAACCGUCAUGGCACUGUGGACCAUUUUCUGGCUAUAAAUAUAUUUACCACAUCUUCACAAAAAGCCUCCAGAAGGCACUGCCAAAAUCUCUCCACCGAGCUCUGGACUACAUUGCUUCGCCAGGCACAGUAAUUCCUCUUUUACUGCUCCUUGUUCUUGUCAUUUACUAUUUGGUGUCACUGACCGGCGCUCUCAGAGAAGCCAACAACGACCUGAAGAUUCAACUGCGGCGAGAGCGAACCGAAGAGCGCCGCAAGAUGUUUCAACUCAUGCACCACAAACGAAGAGGCGGAAGUGGUGCAGACAAGUCGGACACUCCAUAUAUUAGGUGGCGAAAAAUUCUGCCUGUAAUGCCAUCUAAAUCAUUGCCAGGUGCAACUUCAAAACUGGGUGACAAUAACACAGAGGAUAAGGAGAGCAUAAUGGCAGUAGGCAAUGGAAAUAUUAAAAAUGAUGCCAGUCAGAACGAAAUCUUGACUAGGAUCAUGAAAAGGGCACUGCGCAAAUCCUCGGCAACUUCUGAUGAAGAAAGCAUGCCUAUUAUGGAUGGAGAUGGAACUGACAUUGAACUGCAUGACUCGCUGCCUGAGGACAGACCGCAAAUGAAAGCUGCGAAAGUAAGACCUCAGUUUGAAUCUUAUAAUUGUGGUAUUAUUGAAACUUCAUUUGAUGUUGAACAGGAAUCUGUCGGGAAAGCUGCAGCCAAGAAUAUAGGAGAUGAGAGUCAUCAUCAUCACGCCCACAGAAAGCGAUCAGAACACAGACAUAAAUCCCCGUCCUCAAGUUCUACCAAUAAGGAGCGAGAAGAUUCUCUGACAUCAGCAUGGUCAGACAACAUUCCUGUCAUCCGUAUCAGCAAGACAGACAGUUCUGAAUGCAUCCAGCAGAGGGCAGAACCACAGCGACCAACCAAGUUUAGCAGCGGUGACACUGUUAUUGUGGCAGAUGACAUUGAACCUGUUCAUAAAUCCGCUAAGACACUUCCAUCAUCAGACAGUCCGUCUCUUCAUAAGAAGACAGUUAGGAGGUGCAGUGAUGACCAGUUUCAUCCAGACGGUGUUAGAGUAGAUAAUAAUGGACAUAAAAGAUUGGUCCAGGCAUUAAUAACAGAAUCAGAACAAAAGAAGAAUCACAGGGGUAAGGAUGAGCAAAAACUUGGUGAUGCAAUGGAAAUGACAUGCAAGAAUACUCCACAAAAACAGCAUUUAAGAAAAGAUGAAGCUAAAAAGUUAUAGGCAGUGAAAUAUUCAGAUGUACUCUAUAUUUAUACAGUUGUAAUUUAUACAAGUAACACUACAUUCUCAAUAUCAGAAAGUCAACAGUAGCAUAGUAGUCAAUAUAUGUAUUUGUAUGUGUAAGAGUCUCACAUUCCAUCAUCAUUGGCCAUUGUCACUAUUGCUGUACUUUGUUGUUGUCUUUACCUUUUCUUCCUAUUUUUACUUUGAAACAAUUUUGUAUUUAGAUUUGCCACAUGUUCCUAGCUGGGGUACCUCAGUCAGUAUAGUGACUGUGUAUGGACUGGGACGACCAGGGUU